AUGAAAUUCCUCCUUCCCGUUCUAUCGUUCAGCGCUGCUGUCAAUGCGCUGCACUUCUUCAUUGACGGCACAACUCCCAAGUGUUUCUACGAGGAGCUUCCCAAGGAUACGCUUGUUGUCGGACACUACACUGCCGAGGAGUGGGACGAACGAGUAUCAGCCUGGGUCAAGCACGACGGAAUCAGCAUCUACAUCAACGUCGACGAAAUCUUCGACAAUGACCACCGUGUUGUCUCUCAGCGCGGUCUAUCCUCCGGCCGUUUCACCUUCUCCGCUGCCGAUGCUGGCGACCACAAGAUCUGCUUCACCCCAUCAUCUAGCUCCGGCCGUACCUCAUGGCUCUCUGCCAAGAACCCCAAUGGCGGCAUCAAGCUCACACUCGACCUCGUGAUCGGCGAGACCAACCAGAUUGAGAGCAGCGACAAGGGCAAGAUUCAGGAUAUUACUUCCCGUGUUAAGGACCUCAACGCCCGCCUGGCUGAUAUCCGAAGAGAGCAGGUUUUCCAGCGUGAGCGAGAGGCCGAGUUCCGAGAUCAGUCUGAGUCUACCAACGCCCGUGUUAUUCGAUGGAUCGUUAUUCAGCUCAUUGUGCUUGGCAUCACUUGCACUUGGCAACUUUCGCAUCUCCGAUCAUUCUUCAUCAAGCAGAAGCUGACCUAG